GUUAUCAGUUUAAUUAGUGUAAUACUUGUUGGUGUCUCUCGUCCUCGUGACUAAACCACGUGAUGAGAUAUUUUCGACGAACCGAGCCAACGCGACGGAAGAAAAUCAGCGACGUUUUGCGUUGCAAUAAAGAGCUUCUCUUCCAUUGUCAAGCCUGAGGGAACCGGUCAGGGACCUUGAAAAUGGCUAAAGUCGUUCCUUCUCCGCGCUUAUGACCUCGUGACCUUUCGACCGAGCACGCGAUAAAUUUUAUACGAACGAAUCGUGUGAUUUCGUUGCGAUUCACUAGAAGUUCGGGCGUUUCAAAGAUAGGUUUACCAAACGCAGUGAAAAAUUCAUCGUGUCGCGUUGUCGAGUGUUUCUUUUGAAAUUUGAGUUCGGUUAUUUUUUUGGUGUUUCGUGUUGAUAAAAAUAUUGCAUUGGAACGAAUAGAAAAUAGAAUUCAUUAUUUAGUUGAAAAGAAAGAUAAAAUAAUCAUAAAUCGCAGCAAUGAGUUUAACAUCGUCAAGUGUCACCACCAAUGGAAUCAAUGGAACCAAUGGGACCAUUUUUAAACCCGUUACUCACGUAAUUUUCGACAUGGAUGGAUUACUUUUAGAUAGUGAAAAAUGCUACCAUGAACUUGACGAAUCGAUCGUUGCAAAGUAUGGCAAAAAGUAUCCGGAUGGAUUGAAAGAGAUGAUACGAGGAUUCACAGAUUUAGACUGUGCUCGGAAAAUUAUCGAAGUUUGCGGUUUGCCUAUCACACCAGAGGAAUACGAUCAAGAGUUCAAUAGUUUUCUAUAUUUGUUGCAAGACUGCAAAUUAAUGCCAGGUGCUGAAAGACUAAUAAGACAUUUAGCCAAACACAACAUUCCUAUGGGUAUUGCUACAAGCAGCAGCCACGAAAGCGUACAAAAUAAAAUAAAAAAUCAUCGUGAAGUUUUCGAUCUUAUCCCUCACAUGGUGAUGGGAAGCAGCGAUCCAGAAGUAAUCAAAGGCAAACCACAUCCCGAUGUAUUUCUAGUAUGCGCUAAAAGAUUUCCUGGUAACCCGGAACCUGAAAAGUGCCUUGUUUUUGAAGACGCUCCUAGUGGUGUUACCGCUGCAAAUAAAGCUGGCAUGCAAGUUGUCUGGGUCCCAUAUGGAGAUGUUAAAUGUACCGAAGAUAAUGCCACAUAUGUGAUUAAAUCAUUGCUGGACUUUGUUCCCGAAAAAUUCGGUUUACCACCCUUUUGAUACUUGAUGUUUUUUUAACAAGAAUUUUUUGUUAUUUAUUUUUUACAAUAAAAAAAUUGAAAAUGA